AUGCCUUUCUUUUAUGCAUUCACGGCCUCAUCAUCCACAAAUCCUUGGAUACUUGACAGUGGAGCCAUCGAUCACAUUUCGCCUCCUUCCAGGCUAUCUGUUACUACCUCACUCAACUCCAGUGUUGAUCUUCCUAAUGGGUUCCAUGCAAAAAUCAGUGGCCUUAGUUCCUUAUCUUUGGUUCCAAACUUAUCUGUUGAUGAAGUUCUUUGUGUGCCUUCCUUUCAUGACCUGGCUUGGAAGAGGAUGAUUGGCCUGGGGAAACAAUUUAAUGGCUUAUACUACUUGCUUAUGAAAGAGAACGCCACCACUCCACCAUCCACAUCCAACGCCACCGCAUGUCACCUCAAUCACAAAUCCAUUGCUGAAUAUGUACACUAUAUGCGCUGA